CUAACUGUCACAUGGUUGUCAGCUCUCACGUGUAGCAGGAAGAAGUACUUGUAAACACUCCUCUGUGUAACGGCUAAAAUUAGAAAUAAGGCGAGAUUUCCUUGCAUGGUCUCUCACAAAUUCUGCUGCUCUUCUUCGAAAGUAUUCAGCUGAAAAGUUUUGGGUAAACCAACAGGAUACAGAAAAGCAGAACUGCCUUCAGAUCAGAUGUCUUCCUCUUCACAUUCUGUCCUCCUAAAAACCGGGGUUCAGAUGCCCCUCCUGGGUUUUGGGACCUACAAGUUGGUGUCUCCUGAAGAUGUCUCCCGGGCUGUGGAUGCAGCGCUGCUUGCUGGUUAUCGGGCUUUUGACAGUGCAGCCGUAUACCUGAAUGAAGCUGAACUGGGCCGAGCGCUUAAGCAGCUCCUGCCCAAACAUGGCUUAACCAGAGAGGAUGUGUUCAUAACCAGUAAGCUGGGCUCCAAGGAUCAGGGUGAGCGAGCCAUGGAAGGAGCCCUCCACAGCCUGUCUGAUCUGGACAUGGGUUACAUUGACCUCUACCUGAUCCACUGGCCUGGAACACAGGAUCUAGAGAUAACUGACCCAUGCAACUCUGGUAACAGAGCUGAGAGUUGGGCCGCUCUGGAGGAGCUGCAUGUCCAGGGGAAGCUGAAGGCCAUCGGAGUGUCCAACUACACACCAGCACACAUGAGGGAACUGAUACAGAGCUGCAAGAUCCCUCCUGCUUUGCUGCAGGUAGAGUUUCACCCAAAGUUCUGCCAGACAGAGCUGAGGAAAGUGUGUGAGGAAUAUGGAGUGUGUUUUCAAGCAUACUCCUCCUUAGGGAAAGGAGAUCUGGUCACUGACCCUGUGGUGCUGGAGGUGGCAAAGAACUGUGAACGCACGCCUGCACAGGUCCUGUUGCGCUGGGCUGUGCAGCAGGGUGUCCCAGUGCUGCCAAAGUCCUCAAAUCCAGACAGAAUAAAGGACAAUGCCAGGCUUUUUGACUUCACACUGAGUGACACAGACAUGGACAGACUGUCAGCUUUGGACUGUGGGCACAAGUUCUGCCGGGACGCAUCACAGGUGGUUUGAUAAACCACACAUGGGCUCAUAUUAAGCGUCCUAAAUGCUGUUCUUUCGUUUUUACUGGCAAUUACAGGAUACCACAACCAGAACAAAUGGGAAAUUAGAAAUGGAUCAAAUGUGCUGGGCUGAUGUAUUAAGGAUUUAGUAAAUGUACUUACUGAAAUAUCUAAGAGCUCAAGUAACAUUUGGGACACAUGUUUCCAAUAAUGUAUACUGUUUAUCAUGACCAAUCAUCCAUGAAACACUGAACCUUUCAACAACAACAAAAUGUUGACAUAUGUGCCGCCUUUUAUAACUAGUAAACUGACUGGUUUAGACUUCAAAGUAUUAUUCCGUUUGUUUGUGUUCUAGCUUUGCAUUUGAAUUGUUAAUGAACAUUUUUGCAUUGAAAGAAA